GGCAUAGAGAAUUCGUGUAAAAAAAUCAACGCCAACCAACAAAACCUCCUUUACCUCUUCUUCCUCCUCCCAACUACUAAAAAUGUCCGAUUCAAUUAACCGGAGAAGAGUCACGGCGACAGACGGAACCCGAGGCCGGAGCCCCAGGACCAAACGUCCGACGAAGCACCACGCGUCCCGUCGUAUUCCUAGUAGGAUUAGCUCAAAAUCUUAUAAGAUCCUCAGUCGAAGUUUCUCGGAGCCAAAUCUCCAUGGAAGCAGCAAUAGUGAAGAUGAUGAUGAUUGGCGUUGUUCUACACAGAUGAAAGAUCUCCCACCGGAAGAACCCGAGCAGAUUGUUUACCUCUCGAAGAUCCGUUCAGAGGUUUUCGCUUCAGCUCCGUCGUUAUCUGGAUUCUCUUCGCCGUCUUCUUCUUCUUCUCCGAUUAAUCAACAGGUUUACAAGAGAGAAGCAGCAAAAGUGAUGAUCAAUGUAUCAGUAGAAGGAAGUCCAGGACCGGUGAGGACUUUGGUUAAAUUGAGUUGCAAUGUCGAAGAAACGAUUAAGAUGGUCGUGGAGAAGUACCGUAAAGAAAGACGAACACCAGAACUCAAUAGAGAUCUUAACUUUGAGCUGCAUCAGUCUCAUUUUAGUAUUCAGUGUUUGGAGAAAACCGAAGUAAUCGGUGAAAUAGGCAGUCGAAGCUUCUACAUGAGGAAAAGGGAACCAGACAAUCUGAUUGCGGUGAGAAGGAGUCUUCCUUCAUCAUCGAAUUUAAUUGAAUCUUUCAUUGCACAGAAGAUUGGGAGAAUCGUGAGGAGGACAAAGAAGAUAUGGAACAUCUUGGUAUGUGCUCAAUGAACAGCAAAACCGGUUGAAGUAAUAACAAGUGUUGUUCUAGGUAUGUUUUACACUUGGAGUGGCACAUAAUAUUUACUUGUGUUAGCUCCAAUUUCUUACUUAUAGGUUUCACUUCUUUGUAUUAAUGUAUAACUUACAAUAUAAUUCUAUAUACCUAUAGUCUAUUUGUGUAUAUAUUUGUCAAUGUAUUCUUAUACGA